AGACCUGUCAGAUUGCCUCCAGAACGUGCCCCGAGCCGGCCUUUCGGCCUCGGGCUGGAAGCAGAAAUAAGUAGAAUAAAAGCAGCUUUGCCUGAAAUGAUAAAACAAGCCUUUGUGUAUAGAAAAAUGGCUAUUGCAGGCCCUUGUGUGCCUCUGCUAGGGAGAAACCUCCUUGGGGUAGAAAAAACACCCAAUAUGAAUUACUCUCGGUUCAUCACCUCUGUGAGUGCAGCAAGAAAAGCAUCUCCAAUAAGACUUCUAACUGAACUGAUGCAGAAGUCUCCUUCAUCACUCAUCUCACUGGCUGGAGGGGCACCAAACCCUAACACUUUCCCAUUUAAGGCAGCUACUGUUGCCAUUGAACAUGGAACUGCUGUUGAAAUUGGGGAAGAUUUGAUGAAGAGGGCUCUCCAGUACUCCGCCUCAGGAGGGAUUCCAGAACUGUUGUCUUGGUUAAAAAAUUUUCAGAGGAAUCUACAUAAUCCCCCCACAGCCAGCUACAGUCCUGAGCAAGGACAAAUGGAAAUGUGCAUCACAACUGGCAGCCAGGAAGGCUUAUGUAAGGUGUUUGAAAUGCUCAUUAACCCUGGGGACAAUAUCCUUUUGGAUGCACCUACAUAUUCUGGGACACUAGCAGCUCUGAGACCUUUGGGUUGUAACAUAAUUAAUGUUCCUAGUGACCAACAUGGCAUUAUUCCAAAAGCUCUGAAGGAAAUUCUGUCUUCUUGGAGCCCUGAAGAUGUAAAAAGCCGUAGCCACAAUAUCCCUAAAUUCCUGUACACUAUACCAAAUGGUUGCAACCCAACUGGAAACUCUUUGACCACAGAGCGCAAGAAGGAGAUAUACCAGCUUGCAAGAAAAUAUGAUUUCCUUAUAAUAGAAGAUGAUCCUUACUACUUUCUUCAGUUUGAAAAGCCAUGGGCUCCAACUUUCCUUUCAAUGGAUGUGGAUGGCCGAGUUAUCAGGACUGACUCUUUCUCUAAAAUUCUGUCAUCAGGGUUGAGGAUAGGCUUUCUGACAGGUCCAAAGCCUCUUAUCGACAGAGUUAUUCUACACAUACAGGUAUCAACAAUGCACACCAGUACUUUCACACAGAUUAUGAUAUCACAGCUUCUUCAGCAAUGGGGAGAAAAGGGUUUCUUGGAGCAUAUAGACAGGGUGGUGGAGUUCUACAGAACCCAGCGGGAUGCAAUGCUCAUUGCUGCUGACAAGUGGUUAAAAGGGUUGGCAGAAUGGUGCCCUCCUGCUGCAGGCAUGUUCUUAUGGAUCAAAAUUAAGGGAGUUUCUGACACACAGCAGCUGAUCAUGGAAAAAGCUUUGCAGAAAGAGGUGUUACUAGUUCCUGGAGGAGCAUUCAAUAUUGAUAGUUCAGAGCCUAGUUCUUAUGUCAGAGCCUCCUUCUCUCUGUCUUCUCCAGCCCAGAUGGAUCAAGCUUUCAGGAGACUGGCUGACCUUAUAAAAGAAGCUAUAUGAAAAGACUAUAAAUAGAACUCUUUCAGCAAUGAAAAUCAUUUCCAGGAAACAUUUAUUAACAUUUGGGUUUCAUCAGAACAUUUUAAAAGCAAGCAUAAUACAGUGGACAUUCCCUUAGAUGGUACCAGUGCUUGGAUUCCAAACUUAGAUAAUCAACAUCCAAAAAAAGGUUUGUAGAGAAUGUAAGCAUGGAUAUUUUAAUGAUUACCAUAUACAACUUUUUGUGACAAUAAUACCAUACAAAAAAAGAUGUAGACCACUCUCAAGAUGUCAGUGCAAGUACUGUAUAUUUUAAGGUGUACAUGAAUAACAGUGAGAAAUAGCCAGCAUUAAGGUGUAGCUUCUAAAGCUCACUUUUUCAAAACAUCUUUCAAUUUGUUUAUUUUAAGAGUAUCUUGAGUGAAUUUCUAAAAUUACUCCAAAUUUUACCAUAAAUUUUUUACAAAAUUAGUUUAGUCUUUUACAAUUAUGUAUGUAGGGAAAUUCUGUUUUGUUUCACAAAUAACAUCAUUAGGUAAUGAGGAGGUUAACAGUAUACUUUCUGACCUGGUAUGAAUCACCACAUACAGUCAUUUUUUAAGUGUGAAUGGGAAAAUAUUUUGAAUUCAAACUGAAUGUUUAGAAGUAGUUUCUUUUCACUUUGUUAUCAGUAGAUUUUUUGUGAAAAAAUGGUAUUUUAUACAUUUGCUCUAUUCAAGUAGCUAAUGUUAAGAAUUGCUUUCAAGUAUUUAAUUAAGUUAAACUAAGACCACUCUCUCAGGUCCACAUUUGGAAUCAAUUGAUUUGAUAGGAAGUUGUGACAAAUUUGUUUAAAUUUACACUAAUUUGCUUUCAUUGUUUCAACUAAAAAAAAUAGAAACAUAAGAGUAAAAAACAUUUUGCUUUAAUUUUUUGACAAGAAUUUGCUUUACUAAAUUUAUUCCAAUUCAAAAACUUUAAAAAUACUCAAAAGCAAAAUGUUGUUUUCAGUUAAAUCCAUGGUUUCAUUUGAAUUGAUUUUUUGUUCUGCCUUGGACUUUUGUUUUGUUUUCUGUUUUGACCAGGAAACAGGGAAGUCAGGUACUUAAAAAGUGACACCUGAGGUCAUCUGAGCUUUCUUAAUCUUAAAGGAUAUAUUCCUCUAGCACCUUAUGCUGGAAUUGUGUGUGUGUGUGUGUGUGUGUGUGUGUGUGUGUGUGUGUGUGUGUGUGUGUGUGUCACUUUCCUUCUUGUCCUACUACCUUUUUUUGGCUUCUAGGUUUGAAGAUUUGAAGAUCAAUAUUUGGUUUUACUAAAAUUUACUUCAGUUUUACUAAUUUUGUCAGAUUAAACUGAUGUAAGGACAUUAAAAAUCUGGACACAAUCCAGCAAAAUUAGUCUGUGAUUAAAAAUAGUUAUUUGUCCUAAGGUCGCUUGCAAUUUGCAUGGGUUUUGCAGUUUAUUUCCUAGUUUUUAAAAGGUUUUCUGAUUACUGGCUUCCAUUCCAGUCUGUGAACAAUUAUUCUGUAGCUAUGUUAGAAAAUCUCUGGUAUGCAAAGGUAUGUGUAUGUGCUAGUAGAACUGCUCGCCGCUCUUUUAAUUAAGCAUAAACAUCUUUUUGAAUGGACUAAGUAAGUAAACAGGGGACAUAGUAGAAUGAACAAUGACACUAGCAGAUGUACAAAGCAAGCAAAAUGCAAAAAAUAAAAUGUUAUAAUCUCUAA